AUGUCGAUCACCCGUGACUCGCGCCACAAGCGCUCCGCCACCGGCGCCCAGCGCGCGCACUACCGCAAGAAGCGCCAGUUCGAGAUGGGUCGCCAGCCGGCCCUCACGAAGCUCGGCGCCAAGCGCAUCCACACGGUCCGCGUCCGCGGCGGCAACACCAAGCACCGCGCGCUCCGCCUCGAGUCGGGCAACUUUGCGUGGGGCUCGGAGCACGCGACCCGCAAGACCCGCAUCGUCGGCGUCGUCUACAACGCCUCGAACAACGAGCUCGUCCGCACCAACACCCUCGUCAAGGGCUGCAUCGUCCAGAUCGACGCUGCUCCCUUCCGUCAGUGGUACGAGGCCCACUACGGUGUCCCCGUCGUCAAGAAGGGCCGCACCAAGGAGGCUCUCGCCGCUGUCGCUGACGAGGCCGCCAAGGGCUCGAACCACGUCAAGCGCACCCUCCAGGAGCGCCAGAAGUCGUCGAAGGUCGACGCUCUCCUCGAGUCGCAGUUCGCCGCCGGUCGCCUCUACGCCGCCAUCUCGUCGCGCCCCGGACAGUCGGGCCGCGCCGACGGCUACAUCCUCGAGGGCAAGGAGCUCGAGUUCUACGUUCGUCGCUUGAGGUCCACCAAGGCGAAGCACGCCCACGCGUAA